AUGGCUUCUCGCUCAAACGUAGUGCGCGCGCUGCGAGCGCCGGGCCGGUGCUUGAGACUGGAUGCUCGGGCUGGGCGAACUCUCACCACCACCACCACCAGCAACGGCCUUCUCUCCGCAGCUUAUGGACGAUGCGCUGCCACGGCAUCGGCCCCCAGGUUCUUCUCAGCCGCCACGGCUCGCCAUGCCAAAAGCACCGCCGAGAUGUACCCGUCGCUGAAGCGCGACCCCAAGUAUGCCGAGGUGACCAAGGAGCACGUCGCCUACUUCAAGGAGCUGCUUGGGUCGUCGUCUGCGGUCAUCGACGGCGUCAAUGCUGACGCUGCAGGUGACAUCGAGCCGUUCAAUGAGGAUUGGCUUCACAAGUACAAGGGACAGUGCCGGCUGGUCCUCAAGCCCGGCUCCACCGAGGAUGUCAGCAACAUCCUCAAGUACUGCAAUCAACACAAGCUGGCCGUCGUUCCCCAGGGGGGCAACACUGGUCUCGUGGGUGGAUCUGUCCCCGUCUUUGACGAAAUCGUCAUUAGCAUGGCACGUAUGAACACGAUCCAUUCGUUUGAUGAGGUCAGCGGGUCUCUCGUGGCAGAUGCCGGGUGCAUCUUGGAGGUGGUGGACCAAUUCCUCGCCUCAAAGGGGUACAUCUUUCCCCUUGAUCUGGGUGCUAAGGGGUCGUGCCACAUCGGAGGCAACGUCGCCACAAACGCUGGUGGCCUACGCUUGCUGCGAUAUGGCAGCUUACACGGGAGCGUCCUGGGCCUUGAGGCUGUGCUACCUGAUGGCACCAUCCUGAAUGAUCUGGGGACCCUGCGCAAGAACAACACUGGCUUCGACCUGAAGCAGCUACACAUUGGCGCUGAGGGGACGAUCGGCAUCAUCACCAAGGUGUCCAUCCAGUGCCCCCAGCGCUCUCCUGCCGUCAACGUGGCAUACUUUGGUCUCGAGUCCUUUGAGAAGGUGCAGGAAGCGUUCAAGGAGGCCAAGAAGCAGCUAUCCGAGAUCCUCUCGGCUUUUGAGCUGAUGGACCUCAAGAGUCAGCAGCUUGUUAGCAAGGUGCGCCCGGACGUUCAGAAACCGCUGGAGGAUGACCACCCCUUCUACUGUCUGAUCGAGACAAGUGGCUCCAAUGCGGAGCAUGACUAUGCAAAGCUCGAAAAGUUCCUCGAGGAUGUCAUGACCAAGGAAAUUAUCUCCGAUGGCGUGGUUGCCCAGGACGAGACCCAGGUGAAGACCCUCUGGAGCUGGCGCGAGGGUGUCCCAGAGUGCAUCGGCCACUGGGGAGGUACCUACAAAUAUGACGUUUCAAUCCCCAUCCAGGACAUGUAUCAGAUCGUCGACGACGUCCAUGCUCGCCUGGUCGAGGCCGGGCUCGUUGGUGACACCGACGAGUACCCUGUGAUCGGCACCUCCGGUUACGGGCACAUGGGAGACGCCAACAUCCACCUCAACGUCGCCGUCCGACGUUAUGAUUCGGCAGUCGAGAAGGUCCUGGAGCCCUACGUCUACGAGUGGGUCGCGGGCCGCAAAGGAAGCAUAAGCGCUGAGCAUGGUCUUGGCCUCGCGAAGAAGAACUACAUUGGUUACAGCCGAGAUGAAACCACAAUCGGCCUAAUGAAGCAGAUCAAGCACCUGUAUGAUCCUUCGCAGGCAGGCAUAAUGGUUGGCGUCCCCGGGAAAUACAAGGGUUGCGAAACGUGCAGGCGCCGAAGAGUAAAGUGUACCAACGAGCGUCCGAAAUGCUCAAAAUGUAUCACCAGCGGAAGAGAUUGCGAGGGUUACGAGAGGGAGAUGAUGUUCAUAACCGGCACUCCCGAGAACAAGGGCCGAGUUUCGUCACACCCCAAGAAAGGGAGCGGCUCGUCACCAGCGUCGUCAACAUCAAAGAGGCGUUCGAAGUCUCGCACGCCAAUAGGCAAGGAAAGCAGCCGGAGCUCCAGCGCAUCGUUUGUCCCGACCCAUCCAUUGACUUCGGCUUGGGACGACUUCAUCGGGCUCUCCAGCAACGGCACCGAGUCGCAGGUGCUGUUCACUGCGUUGCAGACUCCUCUCAAAAGCGUCAUCCGAGAAGAGGAAGAUUCUGGAGAUGAUGCCAGGUUCAAGGUCUCUUUUACUCCAACUACCCCUCCUGAAAUUCCGUCACUUCCGGGAUGUGACGAUUUCAGCGUCCAGGCUCAAUGCCUCGUAAGUACACACUAUCCUGGAGAGGAAGUCAACGGGGGGAAUUUCUGCGCCUUCUUAUUCGAGACCCAAGGCUUUCCGACCUUCAACAACACUAAUCCGGAUCCCGUGCAAAGUGCAGGGCCGGAGAACUUCAAGGCCUUCCCGAACCACCAUUAUUUUGUAAGGGUCUAUCGGCCACUAGUUCUGAGCUCUGCCUUAUUAAGAAGACAACCAACUUUCUUAUCCGAACCACAAUGGCAGAGAGUUCCGUGGGAACUCUACCCGAAGCCUCUUUUCGAUCAGCUUCUCGAUCUCAUUGCGCUCCUAUCCGGGACACUUCACCACACUGACCAGAUCAUGACGAUGCAGCCGACGUUACCACGACGCCACCAAGCACAAGAUCUCUUGCACACCUGCCUUCUCCUCGAGGCACGAUUUGACGAGUGGCUUGGCCUAGCCCAUAACCAGACCGGGCAGCAACCUGUGAGCUAUUGGGCUGGCGAAUUACUGACAUCGAACGGAGAGGUGGCAUUUUCCCACUCCUACUCGUUCAAGGACAGCCUGACCGGCCUCAUGUUCCUGUACUACUGGAUGUCCCAGAUCCGGUUCCGGAGAUGCGUCGAUUGCCUCCACCGAGUCAUAUACGAGCCUGUGGUCGAUUCCCAUGCGGACAUUUGGCCCGAUCUGCCACCCAACUUACAAAUUGACUUGACACGGUAUCAACAGACUCGAGAUCUGGCGGCCAGCAUCUGCCGAGGGCUCGAAUCGACAUUGGAAAGCACGGUGCAGCCGAAUCUGCUGCUCGCUCCCAUGACGAUCGCUCUGGAGCUGUACCGGGACAUCAACCUCUCCACGCAGGAUUGCCUACCUGAAAUACUUUGGCUUGAGGCUUUCGAAUCCCGGCUGGUUGAGAAGGUCGAGAAUGUGGCGACCGUUCUGCAGCAGAACCGCUGGGUGGAAGUCACCCGAUUUUAG